GCGAGCAGAGCGGAAAAGCUGCUGUGUGGCGAAAAAACAAUAAAUGACACAAUAAGAAGUAUAUUCAAAAAUAAACAAAGAGUAAAAAAGAAAAUAUACAAAAUAAUAUAAAAAAAACAAACCAGUUAAAGCCGCAGCAGGACUCACAGAUACUAAAGGAGGGCACCCGAAAAGUAUGCAGCAAAAAUGUGAAUAAUUACUACCAAAAAGGAAGAAAACAACAACAAAGCAGCAUCAUCACACACGCAUACUCUGUUGUUGUUAUAUAAGUGUGUGUGCGUGUGCGGGUGUGUGUGCUUGCGUAGUAGUAAAAAUGUAGCAGAACAACAAUUGCAAAAAAAACGAGACAACGAAUCUAAGGAAAUUUUUGAUACCACAAUUUUUGUUAACAAAAAAACAAAAAAAAAGGAAAGAUAAGAGAAGCGAAGAAAAAAAGGAGGAAACAUUAAAGAAAAGCUAAGGAAAUAAGCAGCUGGCAGUCAGAGAAAUUAUUUGCCCCAAGAAAUAUACCACAAAAAGGAAAAGAGAAAGCCAGAGAAAGCGUCCAUCAUCCACCAAUACAAAUUCAAAUGAACAUGCUACAGAGUUUCAGCGGCGGCGACGUCAGCAGCGCGGAGACCGAACUGAAGGAGCGGCUGAUAGCCAGCGUGAAGAAGGAGGUGAAGCAGCUGAUGGAGGAGGCGGUGACCAAGAAGUACGUCCACGAGGAGAGCAGCUCGGUGACCUCGCUCUGUGGCGCCGUGGAGGCCUGCCUGAGUCAUGGUCUGCGGAGAAGGGCCCUGGGAUUGUUCAAGACCUCCUCGACGACGGCGCUGAUCCAGAAGAUAGCCAAGAUCUGCCCGGAGGCGGACUACGUCAGUCGCCGUCUCCUCGAACUGGAACUCGCCCAGGAGUCGAAUGCGGUUAGCGGCAAGCGCUCCUCCUCCAGCAGCGAUAGCAUCAUCAAGCCGAAGCUCUUGAGCAAGGGCAGCGGGAGCAGCAAUUCGGUGACCACCAUCAACACGGUGUCCAAUGGCGUGGGAUCGGGAUCCGGUGGUGGAGCAGGGGGAGGAGGGGUCAUUACCCCAUUGGGCAAGUACCUGUGGAUCCGACUGGCCCUGCACGAGAAACGGCUGGCCAAGAUCAUCGAGCAUUUGGUUAACAACGCCAGCAGCUAUUACGACCGCGAGGCGCUGGUCGCCGAUCCGGAUUAUGGCUCCAUCCUGAGCUCGCUGCUGGUGGGUCCUUGUGCCCUGGAGUUCACCCGGGCCAAGACCGCCGAUCACUACUGGUCCGAUCCCUGUGCCGACGAGCUGGUGCAGCGUCACAGGAUCAGCUCGGGCAACCGGACGCCGCCCACCACCCACCGGCCCAUCAUCAAUUUCAAGCGCAGCCUGCACACCAGCUCGGAGGACACGAGCAGUGGAUCCUUCAAGGCCAGCUCGCCGGCGAGCGUGGCCAAGGACUACGUGGAGUCGCUGCACCAGAACUCGCGGACCACUCUGCUCUACGGGAAGAACAACGUGCUGGUGCUGCCCAAGGAUGUGUCCGAGCCGAUGCCAGGAUAUCUCAGUCUGCACCAGAGCAUCCAGUCGCUGACGAUCAAGUGGACGCCGAACCAGCUGAUGAACGGCUACAUCGAUGGCGAUGGCGGCGACAAGAGCUUCUACUGGAGCUAUGCCCUUAACAUCAAUGUGGAUGAGAUCGUCUAUGUGCACUGUCACCAGAAUCGAGGAGGCGACACUGGCGGCACCAUCAUCCUGGUGGGUCAGGACGGUGUCCAGCGACCGCCCAUCCAUUUUCCCGAGGGCGGACACCUCCAGGCGUUUCUCAGCUGCUUGGAGACGGGCCUCCUACCACAUGGCCAGCUGGAUCCGCCAUUGUGGUCGCAGCGAGGGAUUGGCAAGCUGUUCCCCUGGCCGAAAAGCGUGAGGAGACACAUCCUGCCGUCGGUGAUGGAGGCAGGAGCCUCCACCGCCGAUGAGACGCCCAUUGACUAUGUGUUCCGCGUGGUCAGCAAGUGCCAGCACGAGGAGUUCCUGGCCAGCCAUCCGAUCCUGGAGCUGGGGCGAUCGAGUCCGCGGCGGAAGCAUUUGGGCAGCUGCUCCACCACCGGCAGCAGCGAUUGCUCCAGCAAGAGCCUCUCCAUCGACCAGAGCAGCUGCGAGACGCCCCUGAUCCAGGCCAGCCAGAGCACCAGCAUCGAACUGGUCUGCUCCACGAUGCGGAGGCAGAUCAUCUCCAGGGCCUUCUACGGCUGGCUGGCCUACUGCCGCCACCUCUCCACGGUGCGGACCCACUUGUCCGGCCUGGUCAACGGUCGCAUCAUGCCGGAUCUGGCUGCGGAUGAGGAGGGCCUGACGCGCGAGAAGUGGCUGGCGAUGCACGAGGAUGGCGUGGUCAGUGGCGAACUGGAGCUCUAUCGCCUGGUUUACUUCGGCGGCGUGCAGCCCGACCUACGCAAGGAUGUGUGGCCCUAUCUCCUGGGGCUCUAUGCCUUCGGCUCCACGCCGGAGGAGCGGAAAAAGCAGGACGAGACCUGCAAGCACUACUACGAGACGACGAUGAGCGAGUGGCUGGCGGUGGAGGCCAUCGUGCGUCAGCGGGAGAAGGAGAAGACGGCACUGGCCGUGGCUAAAUUGAGUGCCGAGCAGGCUCGCCUGGCGGCCAAUGCCUCGAGCGCCCUCAAUCCCCACCAGAAACUCACGAACGGCAGUCGCCAAUUGGAGUUGGAGCAAAAAAAUGGCGAGGAGGAUCAAGAACAUCUAAUCUUGGAUGAGGGCGAGAACGAUGUGUUUGAUGACAAUGACUUUUCGGAUAUAUCCGAUCCAGGGGAUCUGUUCGACGAGCCGGAACUGGGCCAGGAAGCCGAGGAGCAGGAGCAGGAGCUGGAGCUGGAGAACGCAGAGGAGAAGGUCUUGGAAAAGCAACAGGAUCAGGAAGAACUUGGAAUGCCGCGACUCAGCGAGCAACUGGUUCUGGAAUUCCAGAACAUAGACAACAUGGAACCGCUGCGUCUGCAGGAGAACUGUUUCGCCGAUUCCGAGAACGAAAACGAUCUGGGAUUUGGUCUGGACGGAAGCGGCAAUAUCCUGAUGCUGAGCAUCAAGAGCUCGCCCUCAACGAGCAGCUAUGAAACGGUGGGAAACGAAUUCGUGGACAUGGUGGAGGGCAAGCUGGAGGAGGAGGAGCCGCCGGGAGAACUAAGCAAGUUCCACAGCGCCGACGAUGUGAGGCUGGAUAACCAGGAGGAGGAGGAAUCAUCGCAGCCGGCCACUGCGGUGAUAAUAACAGAGGCGGCUUCGCUAGACGCUUUGGACGACGAUCCCACCGAGGAGUUGACAUCGAGGAAGACCAGCCUGAUGUCGCCCCUCAACGAGGACAUCACGGUGGUGGCCUCACUGGACGCUCUGCAGGAGCCCAAAUCUGCCUGCGUCUCGCCGGCGAGCUCCAAUGGCGGUGUCUACAGCGUGGAGCUGCUGGAGCAGUUCGGGCUGAAUCUGCACCGGAUCGAGAAGGAUGUGCAGCGGUGCGACAGGAACUACUGGUACUUCGCCAACGAGAACCUGGACAAGCUGCGCAACGUGAUCUCCACGUACGUGUGGGAGCACCUGGACGUGGGCUACAUGCAGGGCAUGUGCGACCUGGUGGCUCCGCUCCUGGUCAUCUUCGACGACGAGUCGCUCAGCUACAGCUGCUUCUGCAAGCUCAUGGAGCGCAUGAUCGAGAACUUCCCCAGCGGCGGGGCCAUGGACAUGCACUUCGCCAACAUGAGGUCCCUCAUCCAAAUCCUCGACUCGGAGAUGUACGACCUGAUGGACUCCAACGGCGACUACACGCACUUCUACUUCUGCUACCGCUGGUUCCUGCUCGACUUCAAGAGGGAGCUCGUCUACGACGACGUCUUCGCCACCUGGGAGGUGAUCUGGGCGGCCAAGCACAUCGCCUCCGGCCACUUCGUCCUCUUUUUGGCCCUGGCCCUGCUGGAGACCUAUCGCGACAUCAUCCUCUCCAACAGCAUGGACUUCACCGACGUCAUCAAGUUCUUUAAUGAGAUGGCGGAGCGUCACAACGCCCAAUCAAUCCUGCAGCUGUCUAGGAGCCUGGUCCUCCAGCUGCAGACCAUCAUUGAGAACAAGUAAACAGAGGCGGAGGAGCCAUCGUCAUCAGUCAUCCAUCGUCAUUUCCUGGAGACCUCAGUUCCCGAUCAGUAUUGAGCAUGCGAUGUACUUUGUAGCUAGCACCUAGAGCAUAGAAUCGUUGAAUCUGAGUUAGAAAGCGCUUAGGGAUACAUAACCAUACGUAGAGCAUAUUCCAUAUACCAUAAACCAUAUACCAUAUACCAAAUACCAUAUACCAAAUAGCAUAUAACAUAUAACAUACCUGCACCCUAGAGAUUGCAAUUAGCUGAGGCUCUCGUUGAGGUUUUUUUGGGAGGCUUUCCGUAAUCCGCAAUGGUUUUUUUUUUGGAAACGGCUGGGAAUCGCUUAAAGAAAUUUAGCAAAAUUAAGGAAAUUGUAGUGACCUGAAAAACAAAAGAGAGGAAAUCAAGUGGAAAUCGAACAACGUAAAAGAUAAACUAUUUAUACUUAUACAAUAUACAUGCAUAUACCGAUUAUAUUAUAUACAGGCAGUUGCAUAUUUAUGCGUUUUGUAUAUUCGAGAGAACCAGGGGGGGGAGGGUGGAUCAUGUAUAUGGAUAUUGUGCUAGAUAUCGUCUAUAUAUGGCAAUCAAUGCUGUGCGGCUGCGACUGCGGCCAAUUGUUGUUAAUGUUAUGUUAUUGAUUUGGCAAGUAAUCGGAUAUAUUAUAUAUACACACCUUUAUUGAAAGAUAUUCAGGGGAAGACGUAGAAAAGCUCUAGGAAGGUGUCUUAAAUUUUGUAAAAUUAAACAUUUCGAUGAUUGAUAUUGAUAUCGUUUUAAAAUCUGUAUAAAUAUGAAUGCAUUGGUUUCCUUUUCAGGAGAUUUAAAAUCUUUAGAGCUUUUCUAUGGCACCCCUGAAUCAAAUUGCAAUUGUUCGCUUGGUCGGUUUGGUUAACUCCUAUUUUUCAUUUGUAGCUGCAAGCGGUGAGAAAACAUUUUGUAUUCGAGAUACCCGACAGGUGGAUCCUGGGGAAAUAUCUCUAUAGGUGAAUCGAACAAUUGCCGACACACACACAAAACCCAAGAAAAAAAAAAACAAAAUACCCACAGAAAAAUGUUACGAAAUUUGUUGUUGACGGCUGCGGAACAUUGUGUUUGUUUGUAUUAGCAAAAUUAGUAUGCAAUCCAAUAUAUAAUGAUAUAUAUUAAAACAAUAUUUAUACAAAUACCUAUUAACCCAAACAUAAAUAUAGAGAACGGAAUGUGUUAGCCGUGUAUUGUUAUAAUCGAACCCGAUUCGUUGCUAUUCUCAGGCAAAAAAAACAUAGUUUCUAUCCCGUUUUUCGUUGUUUUUUGGUAAGUGCAGGCGCACCAAAAAUCCCUCCACUGGGCUUAUAUACAACUUAUAUAGAACUAUAUAGAGCAAACACUUUGUGUGGAAUCUAAGUUAAUGCGAGUAGCACGCUUUUUGUGUAUGGAAAAAAAAACGUCGAAAAACGAAAAACCAAAAAAAUACUUAAUGUGAUUUCUUGUUGCUUCUUUGAAUAUUGAUAUUUUUGUAAACGCUAAAACGUAUAUAGAUAUAUACACAUAACGAAAGAGAAGGAGAUGACAAGCAACAGAAAGAGACGGGGAAUGGGGGAGAGGGUAGAGGAGAGCGAGAAGAUAUAUUUUACACUUGGAUGGGAAAAGGAGGGGGAUACGAAUGACAGUCGAGUCCAACCAAAAUUUUGGCCACAUUUUUGAUACACAUAUUCGACAAAAGAUCUACUGAUCCACCACGAUGAACAAAAAAAAACAACAAAGAACUAAAAACCCGUAGAGCAAGGCAGGAACUCUCGCUAUAUUAUAUUGUAUCGUAAUCAAACUAAGCUACAUAUAUAUUUAUACCCGUCUGUGUAGAGACGCCACCUAUAGAGCCCGAGCAUAUAGAAUAUUACGUUACCCACGAUUGUAACCACAUAUAGCAUACGCAUGAAUAUUACGGAUAUCUUAUGUUCCAAGCGAAACCACAUAAAAAAGCCCGAAAAAAAACGAACGAUCAAUGUAUAAUUUACCGAAACCAUGUCGAUGAAAACAAAAUAAAAGGAAUUAUGUAAAAUGUUUACAAGAAAA